UCCCCCUAAAGGAAAUAUCAGAUUAGACAGUGCAUGGCUCUGUGAUCCUAUCACUCCGUUCCACAUCGAGUAAUAUACGCCAUCUUCAGAGAAAUGAACUUACAAGCUGGUGUUAAAUCUGGAGAAAAGGCAGAGUAACACGAGAGAAAGGCUGACGGUCAACAUAACGUCUUCACAGAAGCUCGCUGACCUUGGAGGCAGAGUCACAGCCACCUGGGCAGCAUGUUCCCCCACACACUUGCACGGGAGAAGGACAUGCUUUUAAAAACAAAGCAGGACAGGUCAAGGGUGUAACCUUCUAAUGUCCCCUGCUCAGGGUCAGCGAAAGCCCCUCUACCAGGCAGGUCACACGUCACACUCAUCUCUGACUCACAUUCACCUCUCUGUUUCCUGUUACUUUGGCUCAGGUCAAAUCAGCUCGAAAAACAUGCAUUAGACACUUCCUCUGUGCCAGGAUUUCUCUUAUUUGCUGUAAAGAAAGAUGACUCAGAUGAGGUCCCUGCCCUCGAACAUCUUACAGUCACAAAGAAAAUAUUUUCAAUUUGGUUUGUUACGAGCCAUGAUGCUGUAGGUACACUAUGUAUCCAGGGUAGGCUGGACGUUUGAGAACGUGUGUGUUUUUGUGUGUGUCUAUGUCUGUGAGUGUUGCGGGAGGUGGAGUGGGGAUGGAGGAGAUGUGUGGGUCGGAAAGGAAAAGGGUCCAGAAUAAUACUUUUCCUAAACGGAACCUUGAAAAACCGGUAGCAGGUGAAAAGGCUUAGAAAUCAGAAAUGACCUGUAGCUGCUCCUGCUAUAAAUUAACCGCGGAUUGUAGGCAUCACUUAGAACUUUGGGACACGUACUUAGUCUUACGCUCAAUAUCCCUUCUCGUCAACCCCCAGAAAGAGCAUUUGUUCACCAUUUCCUUUUUCCCCGAGCUCUAGACACACGAGUGGCACAGAGCAUUGAUUUCUGUUCUGGGAAGGGUGUGAGCUGGGGGCAGAGAAAGGAGUCUAAAGGACCUGAGCUGAACCGUUACCCGGAGACUCUAAGAACCAAGUGGGUGAUAACGUCCUAUAAAGCAGUGUUAAUUUGAAAUGUACCCAUCCUGGAUUAGCUUGUAUUUUCAAAGCUUAUUUUCACAUCAGUUAUUUUGACUGUAGGCCAUAUUUCCCCUUGGAAGCAAUUCUAAAGUCUGAUUGACGAAAUCGUUAGAGGACGCAGCAGACUCAGUUGGCCCCAUUGUUCAUUCACUAAACCACUGUUUGCUACGAGUCUUCACCAAGGACCACGCUGGCCCUGGGGAUGAAACACGACUACAGUGUGUGUCCACUUGUCUGAGAUGCUUUGGCCUCGGCAGCUGGGUUUUCUAUCUGUAUCCCCUUUACCAAGCACGUGCUUGGCCAACGAGGUUUGCUUAGGAGAUAAGGUGAUGGAAUGUUUGAAGUGUGUUGACUGCUCGGGGAAAUGAUGCUAACUGCACAUGGCGGGCAUCUGAACAGAGAGAUUACACUGAACAAAACCCAGUGAGGUUUAAAAUGCAGUGUGUCCUGGUGUGGGGCAGGGAAAAGGGCUGGAAAGGGGCCUGUGGUCAGACGAGGCUGCCACUUACGAUCAUCAGGUAGAGAGACGAUGCUCCUAUUGGUGCUUUACUUGCUCACUUAUUUCAGUGAUGAACUGAAAUCUUUCAUCAUUUCUGACUCACAGACCCAUUCAGAUGCCUAAGGCCCUGUUAUUAGAUUCCAUGGAAUGUAAUUAGGUCUUUUUGAGAAAACUCCUGGGAAUUCCUUUAGCCUAGAAAUGCUGAACAUGGAAUUCAGGGGGUUCUUCAAUUUAGAUGUGAAUGCUCCUUCUUUAUUUGUACUUGAGCUGAAAUUUAAAAUUUCUUUGUUUGAAUGUAGGUCCCGAAACCAUCGCUAGCAGGAUGCAUGACUUUAUCACCAAUAGAAAUCAGAGGAAUUAAAUGGAUUGACUUCAACCUAUUGUUUUAUUACUAGAAGUGUGAUAUUCAAAAGAAGAUACUUUUGAUCUAUCAUAUGUUUGCCAGAUAGCAGAAGUGGAUGCAUCAUCUUCGAAAGUAUGAAAUUUCACAAUAUUGAAAACGUUCCAAAUAAAGCAGCACGAUCAUCCUUGAAAAAACCUUGUACAAGCGAUUCUUGAAAUGAUUGGCCGUGACUGGGGGCAAUUCCUAGGCCCUCCACCUCGGAAUUAUAUAAUUGUAUGGGCUAUGCACACCCACGUUUAAUGUGUAGUGACUUUAUACUAAGGGACAAACUAUGAGACGGACAAAUCAGACCCAGGUGACCGAAUUCCUCCUUCUGGGACUCUCUGAUGACCAGCGCACCCAGCAGCUGCUAUUCCUCUUAUUCCUGGCCGUCUACCUGCUCACCGUGCUUGGAAACGUACUUCUCGUGUCCCUUGUUCUGGCCGACUCUCGCCUCCACACACCCAUGUACUUCUUUCUAUGCAAUUUAUCUCUGGCUGACCUCUGCUUCUCCACCAACAUCGUCCCUCAGGCCCUCGUCCACCUGAUGUCCAGGAAGAAAGUGAUUUCCUUCACACGCUGUGCAGCGCAGCUUCUCUUCUUCCUCAUUUUUGGGGGUACACAGUGUGCCCUCCUGGCGGAGAUGUCCUAUGACCGGUAUGUGGCCAUCUGUCACCCUUUGCAUUACCCUAGCAUCAUGACAUGGAGGCGGUGCGUCCAGCUGGCCGCAGGGUCGUGGGCGAGCGGCAUUCUGGUGUCUGUGGUGGACGCCGCCUUCACACUAAGGCUCCCUUACCGGGGCAGCCGUAACGUGGCUCAUUUCUUUUGUGAGGCCCCUGCACUGGUGAUCCUGGCGUCCACAGACACCCGCGCUUCGGAGAUGGCCAUUUUCCUCAUGGGGGUUGUGAUUCUCCUCGUACCUGUUUCCCUAAUCCUGGUGUCUUACGGCCGCAUCAUAGCGACGGUGGUCAGGAUGCAGUCAGCCUCGGGGAGGCUCAAGGCAUUCUCUACCUGUGGCUCCCACCUCGUGGUGGUCAUCCUUUUUUACGGGUCAGCAAUCGCCACCUACAUGACACCAAAGUCUUCCAAAGAACAGGAGAAGCUGGUGUCUGUGUUCUAUGCCAUAGUGACCCCCAUGCUUAACCCCCUCAUCUACAGCCUGAGGAAUAAGGAUGUGAAGGGGGCUCUGAGGAAAGUGGCCACAAGGAAUGUCCCAUGCAGGCUUGCAACUUUCCACUGACAGUGAGACCCUGCUGGCUGCAGCCUUGUGAGGCUUGCUGAGUAGGUCCCCGAGCAGGACUGCAAUAUGGUACAAUUUUCAUCUGUGGACCGACUCUCCACCCUUUAUCGAGCCCUUUCUUUGUAGAAGGACAAUAAUGCAUGAAACAUUAGGAAGGAGGGUUUGCUUCCUUCUAGUCGGGAUUUCAGAAAGUCCCCUGAGAAAUAUUCCUGCUUCAUAAAUCAUAAAUCCUGGAGCCGGUAAAAUCUAUCUUUUAAAAAAUCAUAUCACUAUCUAUUUCAGAUCCUAUUCCAACUCCUCUAUCUUUUGGUUAUUCAUGAAUAUCUUUGCAUCCUCAAAUAACCGAUAAACUGACCAACAGUACAUAACCACCUGACAUGGGCUGGGGCUCCACGCAUGCGUAUGUGCACCUGCACGUGCGUCUGAGGGGGAGUGAGGAGCAUGGUAUGAAAACGCAGAACAUCUGAACUCUGCUGUCACCUCUCACACUAUUGUUAGAGACAUGAUCUACUGGGGCCCAUCUUUAUAAGGGUAAACAGAGGGGUUUGGAAACCAACAACAAAUAGCGACAUCCAAGGGGAGCGAGAGUGAGAAGCUAUUACCAAUCCUAGGCCUGAAGGAUCAAAGGGAGGCAGCUGAAACUUGGGGAGGGUAGCCGUACAUGGAAAGCCACCGACAGGAGCUGGGACUUAGAUAUUUGGAGGCAAGGAAGCCGUGGGAAUAAACAUUUCCAGCUCAUUCUCUACAUAUGUUUUGAUUUCCUGUUACUGUAUUAAAAAAAACCCAAAUAACCUCCUCAUCUGAAGGAUUUCAUCAUGUCUACAAAGGCCUUUUUACCGUGUACAAUAACGUGCCCAUGGAUUUGGGGGACUGGGAUGGGGACAUCUUUCGGGGCCAAGAGUCUACCUACCAUACUGAGGUCAAGUAAAAUUAAUGUGCAAAUUCACGAAAGCUGGCUCGAAUUUUUAUCAUAGUGCUAAUGGACCGAGUCGUGUGAGUGCCGUCAUGUGAACAGAACCUCAUGACCUGCCUUUUUAUUUGCAAAUUCUUAUGGUGAUAUUUCAGAACGUGCUGCCCUUCUGGUGCGUGAGAGCUGUAGGAUACCCCACAUGGGAGCCUGAAUGGGUGCGGGUACCUCCCUGGCACACAGAGUUAGAGCUGUUUGUGGCGUUUGAGGAGAGGACGGGCCUGGGAAGUAAAAACUACUUUACUCUGCUCACUGUCAGUAAAUGCGCAUGAACGAUUUACACAAAGCUAUGGCGCCCACAUCCGAGUCUGCUCUUUGUCCAGAGUCCAGAGUUGAACAAUAUUCAUGGACAAAACCCUACACAGGGGCUGCUAAAUUGCUUGAGGGACAUGCAAGCUUACAAAGGACAGGUGAUUUCAUCCAAUCACAAUAGCAUUAUCAAAAAAAAUCUAGGAGACAAAAAGUUUGGGGUUAUUCACAGCAGUUUCCCAUACUUUGUCCACAUAUAGUCAAUUUGGGAUUCUUUCACACCCUUCCUAUCAAGCAACUCUCAUAUCCGAGGUGCACAAUUUGAGACUGAGGCAGUCAUUGGUGUGAAGUAGUCUUCCUCCAGAUAAGGCACCGGUUAUGGUAGCAGAGGAAGCUCUCAACUGAUAGCCCCCUAAACAUGUAUACGUGACGAGACAGCGGAAGAUUUAAAGUAUCUUUUGAUUUUCUGUCCUUCUCACCAGAAUAUAAUUCCAUGAGGCAAGACAAUUGUCUGUUUUAUGCACCAGUGUAUUUUAGGGUCUAAAUAAGGUUUGACACAUGCUGAAUGCUGAAUAAAAAUGUGUGAAAUUUUGAAUUUGAGUUUUGAAUUUUUGAAAGUUUGAGUUUAAACUCAAAAGCUGUUGAAGAAAUGAGUGCAAGAAUAAAACAAACUCUCCUGUUUAUUGUCAUUAUUCUCAUUUAGCGCAUAAACAAAAGCUCAGUGAGAGUCAUAAGUAGAAGUUUUGGACAAAAAGAGAGUAAGGCAGAAAAAUAUAAAAUGACAUGGAUGGAGAAGGUCAAGAAAAAUUAAAACCAAAAAAUGACAACUUUUUGUGAAGUUGUCAACUUUCAGAGAGGCUGCUAAUGGUGCAAACCAGUAGCAACCUCAGAGACACUGGGAGCACAGUCUCAGAGAACACGGGGCCUACGGAAGCACCUUCGUUCAUCACGCCUGCUUUCCAUUCACAAACGGAUGCCCGUGGAAAGCCCACACCCCAGUGGGUACACGGUGGCACCUGGAAAGAGUGGAGGGCAAAUACGUACUGGAGAAACUUGCUUUUC